UCCAAGAUGGCAGCCUCCACCAGGAAGGUCCUUUCCCUCUAUAAAUCCAUGAUAAAAGAAAGCCAGAAGUUCACAGGCUACAACUAUAGAAUGUAUGCUGUGCGGAGAGUGAAGGAUGCAUUUCGAGAUAACAAAGCAGAAAGAGAUGUAGAAAAGAUCAAUCUUCUUAUUGCAAAGGCAGAGCACAACCUUGGCAUCAUCAGAAGACAAACUAUGGUUAGUCAGUUGUAUAUGGAACCAAAGCUAGUGAUAGAACAGACCAAGGCAUCCCCAUCCUAGAUUCGUAAAUGCCCCUGCUUGAUGUAGCCCACCGUUUUGCUAUUUGAAGUACAUUUGACAUUGAUGGAAGAGUCUAUUAUUUCUUCAUCUGAGACAUCAGAGGCACCAGACCCAGGCAGACCACUUUCAGCUGUUAAAGAAUGCUCAUCUGUCAAUAGUGACACUCAGAUGAAAGAUAUAGCUUUGAGUGGAUUUUGGACUAAGUAAAGAGAUAUUGACACAUACUUACUCCCUCAGAUUCAGAAACAUGCGUAAGGAGAAGUCGUGUUGUAAGCCCUGUUUGCAAGAGGAUGGAUCAAUGUUGGAUUUAAUUCCAUCAAUAUAACAGACUAGGAUUCUAGUUCUCAUUCCUUUGGCUGUGUCCACUUACUGACAAGCCUUGCUAACAGUCAUAUUAGCAAGCCUGUACUUUUUAAUUUUUUUAGUGUGUCCUGUGUAAAUUACAUAUGUAAGAGUUGUAUUAGAUACCCAGUACAUGUAAAUGCAUCAGUCCCUUGGUACGGUGGCAAAAGCUAGCCUGUGUAAAUGUUCAUGAGCAUUUUCGAAAACCUCUUCUGAGUGUGUAAAUAUGUAAAAUAUGCUUUAUGAAAUAUAGCAUUGAACAAGAACAAUUUC